AUGGAAGACCACAACCAAGGCACCAAUCUAGACGUCUUCCCAUCUGAUCUAGGCGGAUGUCGCAUUCUACUAUGCACCGAGAGUCUUGGACCGGUGAACGGCGUCUCGCGCACGACCAAGAUGCUGGUUGAUCAACUCCGGGCCAAUGGCGUACUUGUUUCGGUCGUGGCACCGUAUAACCACACCAGAGUCAACACCUUUGCCCCCGCCCCUUCUCCUGGUGAAGGGUUUUGGUACAAUAGCCAAGAACUCCGCUUGGAUGGCUAUCCUCUACCAUUCAACCCCGAGCUUUCAAUAGCGAAUCCUAUUCGGCUUUCCGACUUAUUUGAACAGACUUUCGAUGGCCCCCCAGAUCUCAUCUACCUCGCCAGUCCUGCCUCCGUAGGAUUUCAAGUCAUGGUUCAGCUACGACAAUAUGUAAAGGAAUUGCAAGUACCAAUCAUAUGCAAUUUCCAGACUGACUUGGCUGGUUACUGCUCUAUUCUGUUUCCCUGGCCCCUGGGAGAUAUUGCGAACCGGAUAUUCGGUGUUGUGCAGGGAAACCUUUUCCGCGAUGAUACCGUCAAGACUAUCUUCUAUCCGAGCAACUUCGUCAAACGGUAUCUUGUCAACACUGCCGGUGUAUCGGAGAGGAAAUUGGCAGUCUUGACACGAGGAGUUGACGUCGAGGGGUUCAACCCGGCCAAGAGAAGCGAAGAGCUAAGAAACCAAUGGAGGCGAAACGAUGAGCUUGUCCUGUUCACCUGCUCCCGCAUAGCAGGUGAGAAGGGCUUUGGCUUCCUCGCGCAGGUAGCCACUGAGCUGGACAAGAGGGGGAUGAAUUUCGUAUUGGUCAUUGUUGGUGGCAAUAAGAACCCGGCCGUCGAACAAGAUGUAAAAGAUAUGUUUGCGUCCCUGACCGAGAAAGGAAAAGUAAUCUUCGUGGGAUUCAAGCUCGGCGAGGAGCUCAUGAAACAUUAUGCCUCAGCCGACGUCUUUUUGCAUUGCUCCAUCACCGAAACCUUUGGACUAGUCGUCUUGGAAGCAAUGGCCAGUGGUGUGCCGGUUAUCGCACGAGACGAGGGCGGCCCGAGUGAUAUUGUUCAGAACAACAAGACCGGCUAUCUCGUCCCGCCUGACGACCUGAAUGGAUUCGUGGAGAAAGUACUGCAACUUGGCCGUGAGCCGGACAAACGCAAAGAACUUGGGGCUGCCAGCCGCGCCGCUGCUUGUGAGACAUCGUGGGAGAGAGUGGGCAAUAGGGUUGCCUGGGAAAUGCUCCACGCGAUCGAACAAUCCGAGCAGGACAAGGCCACCACCCCUAACAUGGGACGACUUACCGACCAGCCGCCCAUGACGGCCAUAGCCAAGAAUGAUAUUCUACGGCGUUUUACAGAAGUAAAACUCGUCUUGGUGCGUUCUGUUAUAUUCGUAGCUUGGCUGUUCGUUUUUGGUUAUCUUGUCUUCGCCCACGUCCAUAAAUCAGUUAAGACAUACGUGCAACGGAUCUCUUCUUUGGCGAAGACCGUGGAUUGA